UUUUCAGUCUCUCUCUCUUUCCAUUUUCCGUCAGGGCGACCAUCCUCAUAUGCUCUAUAAAGCCUGAAAGAACGUGCCUUCGGCUUCUUCCUUUUCCGUCUCAUUCUCCCUCUCUGUUUCCUGCGAGAGACGAGUCUCAACCACCAAGAUCAAUGUCGACUCCGUCCGGCAAGAAGGGAGACAAGAUCCUGCAGAUUGUCCACCUAAAAAGGGUGCUGAAGAAAUGGCGGACCUUCUCUUCCUCCUCGACCACCGCCGUCAGCGGCAGCAGCAGCCCCUCCACUCCUACUUGCAGCAUGUCGCCCAAGAAGUUCAGGCGCCGUUCUUUCUCCUCACACGACGGCGACGAAGAGGAUGACAUCUACCGGGACGCCCACCGCCACCAACGUGAAGGCAAGAUCCCUGCCGGCUGCCUUCCUGUCUACGUCGGGUCGGAGCACCGCCGCUUCGUGAUCCCCACGCGCUACCUCAACCUCCCUGUCUUCGCCGCGCUUCUGAAGCAGGCGGAGGAGGAGUUCGGUUACCAGAGAAGCGGCGCCCUCGCCCUCCCCUGCGACGUCGGGUUCUUCGCCGCUCUCCUCCGCGCGCUCCAGAAGAAGGAGAAGGCAUUCGUCUCCCUUCCUCUCGAGGACGCCCUCCGCUUCGUCGCCGACGCCGAGGCUGGCGGCUGCAGCAAGCAAGCCGGCGCCGUUUCCUCCUAUCCUUCUCCAAACGACAAGGGUUUCCUCACCCCGUUGCUUCACAAAACCAGGGCCUAAACAUAGGGCUCUCUUUGGCGCUCCUACCUUUUUCGGUUUGGGUUCAAUAGCAGUGAAGGGAAAAACUAUGAUGCUUUCCUUCUAAAAGUCCUUUUUCCCUUUUCGUUUUCUUUUUCUGUAGAUCUUCUUCGCAAGUAUAGAAAGCAAUGUACCAUCCAUGAGCCCGUUGUUUUAAGGGUUCACUGAGAUGUAGUUUUCCUCUCAUCUUGUUUUUUCUUUUCUUCACCACCAUGAACCCUAUAACUCACAGUAAUGGAAGACAAUGUUCUUGACUCUUUUGCUUUCGGCUAUCACCGCUUUUCAUGAUUUCAUGUGUAUCAAAGGGGAUCGAUCCUUUCGUUUAUUCUCUGCCCAAGAUGGAAUAUGCAGUCUUGUGUUUUAUUCA